GUUGUUCUUUAUUAUAAUAUUUAUAAAAACUUUACAGCCUACGCGUUGCAACGUUACCGUGCCCCAUAUUGCCAUCCGCAAAGUUUGAGAUAAACAUAAUAUUUUCACUCGCAUAUCUCUUCCAAUGUCCAAUCUCUCAAUAAUAUAAAAUUCAACCAUCACGCCCCCCCGCGACUAUUUAGAGCAACUCCAUAAAGUUUAACGUAAAUUUGUGAUUUUUUCCCUCCCGCACACCAUACCAUAUCUAUAUUUUAUAUUAUAUUCGCUACACCCGUUACGCAAUUACCAUCCAUACACCACUGACGAAWCGAACUAAGACGAAUGCACAUCGCGUACAUAGAAUAAUAUUAUAAAUUUUUAUUUAUUGAUUCUUGCAACAUCAUAAACAGCAUUAUAUAAGAAAAUUCAUACGAUAUCGACGACUGCAACAAGAACGAUAUAAUAUUAUAGACGGAAAUAAAUUGGUUCAAAGUAUGUGGUAAAUAAUGAGACUACAAGGAGACAUGGAAUCAACCGAUGACGAGCUUGACCAGAGUGUGUUCGAAAACAAAAAUGGCUUAGCUGACGAUAUGGCGUUCCUGGCCAGUAUGCCCGAAUUAUGUGAUGUAACUUUUUUGGUCGGUGAUACAAGAGAACCAGUAUGUGCUGUGAAAGCUGUCUUAGCUGCAAGGAGUCGAGUAUUUCAUAAAAUGUUAUACCAGCCACCGAGCCCUCAAAGAAAAAAAGAAGUUUUACCUAAAGAAACCACAAAACUAAGACGGCCUACUUUUCUAAAACGAAGCAGUGAACCGCUUCUCAAUGUCAAAAAUGCCAAUACACAAACUCAAUCCAAUCAACAUCAAACAGUCGUAGUUGAUGAAUUCGAACCAGACGUAUUCCGCCAACUCAUUGAAUACAUACAUACUGGUUGUGUAACUUUGCAACCCAGAACUUUAUUGGGAGUACUAAAUGCAGCAGAUUAUUAUGGCCUGGAAGAUCUACGGAAGGCAUGCACAGGUUUCGUCCAGUGCUGUAUAAAUGUGGACACGGUCUGUGCCUUACUGUCAUCAGCAGAGCGGUAUAUUCAAUACAAAUGUACUAAAAGUCUUGUUCAGAAGGUUUUGGAGUUUGUUGACGAACAUGGAAACGAAGUGUUAAACCUCGGAUCAUUCGCUCUAUUACCACUACACGUGGUCCGGUUGAUAUUAAGCAGAGAUGAACUGAAAGCAGACGAAUUCACUAAAUUCCAGGCUGCACUUAUGUGGACAAUGAAAUACGGGGAUACAAAUUCAAAUGUUGACUGGAAAGAAGUUUUUGUGGAAAAUUUCAUGUCGUCCAUUCAAUACCACAAAAUACCGGCUAAUGUAUUGAUGAACGAAGUGGAACCUUUAAAACUGGUUCCAUACGAAGUGAUCAUGACAUCAUUAGCGUAUCAGGCAGACCCCUCCUGUGUCGAUCCCGACAAAUUGAAGAGGGCCUUGAGAAUGGGUAACUAUCAUGGACUGAUGGGCAUCAGUAGUACAAUUGGCACCGUAACGGCUGAAAGAACCAUGUCGGUGCAGAGUUCGGGCACACAUCAUGGUUCCAGCUCGACUAUUAGCUCCAUUGGAUCUAGCGAUCUAGUUGGUUCUGACAAAACUUGAUCCGAGAGAACUCCAAGUUCAUAGGCGUGCGCAUUAGCCUUAACCUUGGUUUUAUUUAAACAAAAACUUCCAUUUAGUUAUUAAUUGAAUAUUGCGUCUAAUUAAUUACCUAUAAAUUAUAAUUAUUAAAUUCUUAUUGACAUUAAACAAUCAGAUUUAUUCUAAUAAAAAGACUGUGAUGGUUACUAAAAUGAAUUUUACUUGAAAACAACAAUAUCAUAAUAUUAUAUAUAUAAAAUUAUUACUAUUAAAUUAAAAACAAAAUUAUUAUUAAGGACCAAUUAUAAUCUAAAGUUACCUUUAACAAUUAUGUGAGCAUAAUACUCGUAUAUACUAAAUAUACAUUUCAAAUCCUUUCCGCGCACGCCUAUGCUCAAAAAUAAAAGCAUUUCAACAAAAAUGAAUUAACUUGAGAUCCAUAUAAAGUUAUAUUUAAAUGGACGCUAAUCUAAUUAUAAAAAUUCAAAUAAUCACCAUAACCAAUGAGAUGUUUAACUAUUUGAAUUAUUUAAUAUACAUGAUACACAUUGUACCUACUAGGUAUUUAUUAGGUAUCUUUAAAUUAUUAUAAUAUUUUUAUUCAAAUUCAAUUUUUUUCUGUUCCUAAAUUUUCAACACUUUAAUAUAUUGUUCAUGCACAGUUUGUCAAUUUACAAUAAGAUAAUUUAGUUUAUUUACUAUAACUUAAGACUAAUAUUUCCUGAUAGGUAUUUACUGCAGGUAAAUAAUAAUAUAAAAAAUAUCCAAUAUUUCGUUGCAAUUUCAGAUACUAGAUAAUCAAAUUUGUUAAUUCUAUUUAAUUCGKUUUAUAGCUUAUGUGAUUUAUUAAAUAAAUAUAUAUUAUAGAAGAAUUUUCCAAAAUUGUCCACACGAAUUUUAAGACUAUUAAAACUUGACGUAUAAUAUUUAAAUUUAUACUACAGGUUUAUUCUUUUAACAGAAAAGUUACUCAUUACCUCUAAAAGUAUUAAUAUUGCAAAAAUAUUUUUUUUUUUACAUAAUUUUAUAUAAUUACUAAACAAAAUGUUUAGUAAACAAUUAUAUUGUCACGAUUGAAAAAAAGUUUUCUACUGUUUUGACUGAUGUGGAAAGGCACCUAAACAUUUUUCCCAAGUAAAAUACUGUUCUUUAAAAUUUAAUUUUUAUAAUUUUGCUAUCCUCAAAACAAUAUUUUUGUGUAAUCGGAAAUUAAAAGUGUUCGCUGUCUUUCAAAAAAAUAAAACAUAAAAAAAUUAUUAUAAAAAAGGUCUGUUUUUCGGACAUUUUGUAAUGUUUUGACUUUAUAUUAUGUAAAAAAAGUUUUCAAAAGCAUCCAUACUUUUAAAGAUAAUGAGUGUUUACUGUUACAAGAAUUACCAUCCCUUAUUAUUACAGGUACUCAAAUUUAUAUAAUUUCUUAGUAGAAUGUAAUGAAUACAAAAGUUAGUUUUAAUUUCAUUGGUGUGGUUAUACUAGUUAUAUGUUGGUAUUACGAAUUUUACAUUUACAAAAUUAUAACUUGAAAUAUUUAUUUUAUA